GACACCUGACCAACAUUAGAGUCAUCUGUUGGUCUGUCUAAUAUAGAUCCAUUAUUUGAACAUCACCGAUAUGUAAAUAGGUGUCAGAUGCCACACCUAAGUGGGGCUCGGUCAACACUAGUUCCGAUUUGCGGUCGCUACCUUCUAGCCGCUGAAGAGUUCGAGUCUAAACGCUCAACGCAGGAGAACGUGGGUCAGAUGACAGGUGUGACUUCACAACUCACAGCGGGGAGUUUGUACGGAUUGUGCUCGGUUCUAAUAGCUCUGAGAGUAUGUCACAGGAGCCGGAGAUGAAUUCUGCUGCUCUGAAUGCUGCCAAGUUGCAGCUUCGCUCAUUAAUGAAGCAGCGACUCGCAAACCUCUCGCAAGAAUCCAUCUUAUCUCAGAGCGCAAGGGUCUUCGACUCGUUAUGCAAAUUCAAACCGUACGUUGAUGCGAACAGAGUAGCGGUCUACCUGUCUAUGCCUGGCGGGGAAAUCCAGACAGAUCCAAUUGUUAGGCAUGCUUUAUCUUCGGGCAAGCAGGUAUUCGUGCCUUACUUACACAGAUCCGGCUUACGACCGAAUGAUGGACCGACGAGACUUAUGGACAUGGUAAGUCUAAAGGACGUCGAGGACUACGAGUCUCUAAAAAGAGACAAGUGGGGCAUCCCGAGUGUUGACGCCUCUACGGUGCACGAAAGAAAGCGAAGCGUGGGUGAGCUUGAUGGGAAAAGAUCUGAGGAUAUCUCCCUGGAUUUAAUCAUUAUGCCCGGCGUUGCCUUCGAUGUCGACCCAGAGUCUAAAGCCAUCCGAAGGCUAGGUCAUGGCAAGGGUUUCUACGACUAUUUUCUCCAUCGAUAUGCAUUGGCUGCUUCACCCGAAGAGAAGACACGAAAUGGUCGACCAGCUGUAUUGUUAUAUGCUCUAGCUUUGAAGGAACAACUUCUCUCCCCGUCUUCGGGAGAAUCUGUUCCGGUUGGACCCCAUGAUCAACCAAUAGAUGGCCUCUUUCUUGGAGAUGGCCAAAUCAAAGAGUCUGCGAAUAAUGGCGACGCAGACUAAAAUGAGCACACCUUGACCAAGUUUGGGCGUCCAUGAUUAUCCGCAAUAGUAUCCUCGUGGACAUGCAUAAAAGCGUAAUCCCCAAUAAAUUUCCCGACUGCAAUCGUUUCUUAAUCUUUUCAUACGGCUUCUUGGAUCAACGACACGUUGU